AGGUGAACUCUACGCCCAACAUCCACAUGCUGUCUUUAUUGACAUUUUGAGUUCGAGUACAUUUUCCAGGAAAAUGAAUACUAUAAAGUAUUCCAAUAGACUCGUUAAAUUCCUGUGCAUUAGAACGGGCUUUCGUGGUUUGUGUAGGAAGACAGCUUAUCCUUUUCGUGAAGAACACGUAUGUUGGCGAAAGGUGUCAUUUUCCGUAUUAAGGCACUUCCGUACAACAAGUCAAAAGUUGGAUUUAGAUGGCAAUCCAAAAGUGACAAGACCAAAAGCACAAACAACCAUAGAUGAAGAAGAAAUUAAAAGGUUUUCAGCAUUAGCUCAACUCUGGUGGGAUGAAGAAGGGGAAUUCAGUGCACUGCAUACCAUGAAUGAAUUACGUGUUCCAUUAAUUGUGAAUGCUUUAAUUGAACAAAAGCAAAAAACUAGUGCUGAAAAAUCUCAUCAGUUUAAAGCUCAUCAUAGUCCACUAAAAGGUUUUAAGAUAUUAGAUGUUGGCAGUGGUGGAGGUAUAUUGUCCGAACCUUUAGCAAGAUUAGGAGCUUUUGUUAUAGGUGUUGACGCUUCAGUAGAAAAUAUUAAAACAGCCCAAGCUCAUGUCAUUCGAAAUGAACACGUGGCUUCUAAUAUUAAAUAUAUCUGUGCCACUGUGGAAGAUUUGAUUGAGUCAGAAGAAAGAUCAUUUGACUGUGUAAUUGCAUCAGAAGUAGUUGAACAUGUACUGGAUACAUCCAUGUUUAUAAAAGCAUGUUGUAAACUUGUCAAGCCAGGUGGCUCAAUGUUUCUGACUACGUUAAAUCGAACCAACCUAUCCUAUGUAUUAGGCGUUGUAGCUGCUGAACGAUUAUUACGGCUAGUAGAACCGGGUACACAUGACUGGAAUAAGUUUAUAUCUCCGCAAGACUUACAGUAUCUCCUAGACCAGAAUGGUUUUUCCACAAGAUUGGUGCAUGGUAUGAUGUAUAAUCCUAUAACUAAAAGAUGGAGCUGGACAGAGAAUACGAGUAUUAACUAUGCUAUUCAUGCUGUAUGUACAGAUGAAGUUCUACAUGAUAAACAUGAUAAAUAAAUAGUUCUAACCAUGAACUGAG